AUGGAUUCAGAUGGAGGAGGAGGAGGAUUCCAGCAGGGCCCAGGGAGCGGAGUGGUGGAGUCCCUACUGAGCGACUAUAUGGAAAAGCUCGGGAACAGAUUGGGAAUCCUAGAGACGGAAUUGCGUUACGCUUGGAGAGCCCUGGACCUCUUGUCUCAAGAGUAUAUGACAAUGUGGGAAAGGCUGGAGAAGAUCGAGAUCCUCCUCUUCGAGCAACAAGCCGUCAUCGCUCAACUGAUGGAGUUUUAUUCGUCCUCCGAGGAGCCUCCGCCUCCCCCUCCUCCUCCGCCGCCUCCACCCCCUCCUCCUUCAUCGGACUCUGGUCCGCCUCCACCCUCGCACCCUCCUCCCCCUUCUUCCACCGAUGGUGCGACGGGUGGCGAGAGUCGUGGUGGUUUUGUGGAUGGUGGGGGUGGGGAUAAUACCGAUUCCAUGGUCUUCUCUUCUCUGGACUAUAAAGACUAUAAAUCUUACCGAGGAGAUUCGCCUUGUGUGAGCGAUCAGGAAAUAGAAGAAAUCUCUUCCUUCUCCAUCGAUAAGGGAAUGCUGGACAAAUUACACGAACUAGAUCGGCUUGGUUUUAAGCUCCAACGCGAUUCCCAGCACUUGAAGGAACUCCGCCAUCGGGUCUGGGGUCCGUCUCCCAUAUCCACGUCGCCCAAAUGGGGCUCCCCUCGACAUCGACCCAAACCUUUUUACUCCGAGUCGGAGUUGGAAGAUUGGACCCUGAGCCCGAGAGUGGUGUGGAAUUCCGAGGCUUCUGUGUUCGAGGGGAGAGAUCCCCUAUCAUCGUUCCCCGGAGCGACGUCGGCAAGUCUUCCUCCGUCGGUCACGGGGUCUCCGGUUCGUCGAGGGCGAGGACGAGCCGUUUCCCCCAGUUAUCGAUCUUUGACUCCAGACGUCACUUCUGCUCCCUGCCGGGUUCUCUCAUCCCCCAAGCCGGAUGUCUUCUCGGCUCGGAGCGGUGUGGUCGGGGUGGUCCACGCGAAUAAACGGACCCGGAAGGACGGAUACAUCGGGAGCCCGACUCGUACCUCCUUGCAGGACCUGUCUCGUCCCGAAAAGGAAGAGAACCUGGAAGAAACCGAGAAGAACUUGAUUGCGGAUCUCCAGAGCAUGGUCUCCGAAGUCUCGAGGACCCUGGACUCCCUUUCCGUCCCCGAGGCGUCCUCUCAGCCUCAGGACGGACUGUUAUGCCCGACGUCCAAAUCCCAGAGCCCAACGUCCUAUCUUUUCCUGGACGCGGACCUCGAGGCGGAGAAGCCGUUGAGGCCCCUGUCGCCGCGUUCCCCGCGGGCUCCCAUCAAGAUGAAUUACCUUUCCACGUCCCCGAUCCGACGGAAUUCCUCGUCGGGGAAUCCGUCGGAGGACAGCGGCCUGGGAUCCCUGGGCGGAUUCGACAAGUCUCCUUGCCGAGCUUCACCGAAACUCGCCAAGGAUUACGAGACGGAAGAGGAGUUCGACCGGAAGAUCCGCGAGUUGGAAUUAGAUGCAUUAGCCGACAAGGACAGUAAUUCCCCCGUGUUAGCGGCGCCGAAAGUCUCGCCUCAAAGUAGUUACAUCGACACGGUGAACGUGAUCGCCAACACGAGCCAUUCCCAGCUCGUACCCCAGAUGUCGAUUUUCUGCGCGACGACUCCGGCAUAUACCGUGUCGGGAUAUAAUAGCACGUAUACGACGUACAGCGUGAGCAAAGGGCCUUCGGUCAUGACAUAUCGAGAAGGACCGCCUUCAUACGAGGAGCACAUGAAACGGUACCCCCCUCAGCCCACAAACCUCGCCGAGUAUUACUCUUCGCUGAACCUGAAUUAUCAGUCGGAACUGGCGAGCUCCCACAAUGGAGCCCCUCGCAUGACCGAACCGACGAACGCAAGCACUUCCUCGCAUUAUCGAACCUGGCCCCCAAAGGAGACAUACACGAGCCCCUCGUCGAGAGGAAAAAAAUCCCUCCAGUUCCAAAGCGGAACCAGCAUGUAUUACUACCCUGUUCAAGCCGUUCCCAGGAAACCGGAUCUGUCCCCCACGGAAGAAGCCGGCUGGAAGAAAGACGAGGAACCGCCGAACGAAGACGAGCUACAAGGCAUGGAUUCCAGCUCCUCUUUGUCCUUCAGCAUUCCCGACGUUGCCAAACACGAGAAGAAGGGGAGAUCCGAGGACGCGGAAUCGACCGGACGAGCGCAGCCAUUCUUUCGGAGCAUCAACGUGAGGCAAAUGCUUCCGGCUUGGCACUUCCGGAAGAGCCGAUCCUUCAGCCUCCCCUCCGUGGUGAAGAAGCUCGGGGAAAUCCCGGCCGGCCGGCGAAUCCGAGGGAAACGACUCGUGUCGUCCAUGAAGGGAAUGGUCCAGCGGGUGAGACGCCGCCAUUCCACUUCCUCGGACCCGGAUGAUUCCCCCGACCGGCGGCAUCGCAGGAUCCGUCCGCAACCAUCGUCGGCCGUUCCGAGGAUCUCGACCCACGACGGGAACGACGUCCUGCAUCCCGAUAACAUCGAGAACCUGUUCCCAACCGUGAGUUCGAAGCCGGAGGGCGCCGCGGGCGAAUCCAAGUUGGAACACCUGUUUCCGACCAUCGGGGACAUUCGGAAGGCUUCGAUCGACAGCGUCACCGAGGACGAAAAGAAGCCCGUCGAGCCACAGCCGGCCGAAAGCGGACAAAACACCCAAGAAUUUGCCGUCUCUCGAGCGGUCGGCCGCUAUCGUCAACGCCAACGAUCCGCAGCGUCGUCGUGGACCGAAGACGGGGUCUUCGACGACGACGACGACGACGUGAAACCUCCAGAAAUCCCGCCCUCCUUCGACCUCGAAGCCCUGGAAUCGGAAUCGUCGACGACGGAAUCCCGGCCGAUUCUGCGAACCCAGCGGACGGUGUCCGAAGACGACGAGAGCCGUAAAGGACGUCUCCUGGAACUACCGUGCCAGAGGACGUUCUCGGAGGACGAGGACAGUCGCAGCAUCCCCUCCUACCGGUCGUCCCGGGUCUCGUCGCGUCGCCAGAGCACCGAGGAUUCCAUCGAUUCCGAAGACGAAUGGUACCGAUACGAACUGCGGCAACUGGAGGAAAUGGAAGAAGCUGCCAAGUACGAGCAGGUUGCAUCGGACAUCCGGCCCGACGAACGCGCCCAGCGUCAGAUGAACCUCGUGUUCCAGGAACUCCUCUCGAAAGUGAGAUCGAUCCCGGAGCAUGGAAGUUCGCGGCAUUUAGAACGGGCAUUGACGUUCGAUCACUCGGGGGAUCUCCAGAGGAACCAUCACGAUCGAUGGAUCGAUCAGUCCCUGAGAACGUCCCCGGGGCAGGAUUGGUCCUCGGCAAGCGUUCUCUCCACCGAAUCUGCCUUUUUCUCCGCCCCGUCCGAUUCCAGUCGACAGGAAUCCCAAGAGACGGAAUUACUCUCGGAAUUGCCCUCGAAAGCCGCAGACGUCCUGAGCGGCGAGGAGACGUCUUCGGCAUUUUAUUCCCAGGGGAAGCCGAGCGUAUCCAUUCCCAGUUCCUCUUCGACGGGCGAAUUGAAACCGAAAGAAGACGACGGGGAUUACAGCUCCGGCGACACGAGCGGACCCGACGAAAACCCGCCGAGCUACGACGAAGACGACGAACCGACCGAACGGGAAGUCCCGAUUACCGUCACGAUCACCGCCUUCCCCGAGGUCCAAGAGCAACCGGACGAGGAGCAACCGGCCCAGGAACCAGAAGAACGAAUCGACGAAGACGGCGACACGAAACACGACGACAAACCCGGCUCAAGCAAAUGGAAGCUCUUGAAGACCCUGAAGGAACGGAAACAGGACGACAUGAUGAAAAGCAUGGACGCCUCCACGACCGUCUCCUCUCCCACCGUAAGAAAAAAAAGGGGAGAAAAGUCGCGUGUUUGA